AUGGACACCAAUCACGCCAACGAUCCCCCAGCGAAGGAGGCCUCGGGACUGGACCAGAAACCCACUCAAUCCGAGCACACCAUGCAUAUCGAGGAGACGUCGUGGGAGCUAGAAGACCACGGCGACAACUCUGCCGGAAACGCCGACUGGUCUAAGAAACAGAUGGCCGCAUAUGCUUCAUUGUGCAUGCUCUGGGUUGGCUCUCAAGUUCCUCUCUACUUUGUCGGUGGUUCCCUCGCAUACAUGGUAAAGGAUCUCGGUGGAGCACAGGCACAGGCCUGGCUGCCGGUAUGCUACACUCUGGUUCUUGCCGGAAUUUGUCCCUUUGUAGGAUAUCUUCAGGAUCUUCUCGGGCGGCGUUACAUGACUUUAGGAGGGGCGGUCGUCAUCCUGGUCGGGAGCGCCGUUGUUGGCAGUGCACAUUCGUUUGGGCAAGGUAUUGCUGGAAUGUGUAUCGCUGGAGGCGGCGCAGCUGUUGGUGAGCUUACUGCUCUUGCCGGGACAUCCGAACUCGUUCCUGUGAGAAAACGAGGCCUCUACAUUGGCAUCAUCAUUCUGUUCCUCCUCCCGUUUUGUCCCUAUGUCAUGUACUCGCAGCUUCUGAGCACCCACGCUACCUGGCGGUGGACCAUGUGGAUCUCCAUGAUCUACAAUGCGAUUGCUUUGGUGGGAAUUACACUGUUCUACUUUCCCGAGAGGAUCCAUUCGACAAACGCCGGACCCGGUCUGGCCAUCUUGACCCAGAUUGACUAUGUGGGGGGAUUCUUAUCAAUCGUUGGAGCGGUUCUCUUUCUUGUGGCCAUCCAAGCGGGAGGAUAUACCUACCCGUGGAGCAGUGCCCGAGUACUCGCCCCUCUCAUCAUCGGGGUCUUGUUGGUCGGCAUCUUCUUCGUCUGGGAAUGUAAAGUCGCCAAACAUCCGUUGAUACCACGAGAACUCUUCCAGGGUCACCGUGCGGUUGCCAUCAGUUUCCUGGCGGCCUUUGUCGGUGGCAUGAACUUUUACUCCCUCCUCAACUUCUUCCCGUUGUCGUUUGAGACCCUCUUUGACCCUGCGCCCGUCCAAGUCGGCUUGAAGGGACUCGGUUACGGAUUCAGCGUGACUCUCGGAGCCGUGUUUUUCAACAUCCUGCUCACAGUUUUCAAGAACCAUCACAGAGAGGUGAUGAUCAUCGCCGCGGUCGUCAUGACCGCCUUUGGAGGAGCGUUGGCCGCGGUCACUCCCGAAACGCCACGCCUUGCCGUGGCCCUGGGUACAAUCUGCGGCUUUGGUACCGGAGGACUCCUUGUCCCCCCACAGACUAUCGCCAUUAGUUGCAGCCCGGACGCAUUCAUUGCCACCGCUACCGCCCUCUCACUUUGUGUUCGAGUAAUUGGCGGCUCCAUCGGAUACGCCAUCUACUACGCCAUCUUCAGCAACAAAUUGACGACCGAUCUCCCAGCCAAAGUGGCGGCGUAUGCCGUCGAAGCAGGGUUGCCAGUCUUUUCCGUCACCGAAUUUGUCGGGACGUUUCUCACCGACCCGAGUGCUGUGGCGAGUGUCGAGGGAGUCACACCGGCGAUUCUCGCCGCUGCGACCAAGGGGACUCAGUGGGCGUAUGCGGAUGGGCUGAGGCUGGUUUGGCUGACGAGCAUUCCCUUUGGAGUGUGCGCCAUCCUCGCCUGCUGCCUCUUGGGGAAUACCAAGGCGUUCAUGACGAAUCGCAUCGCGGCCCACAUUCGCCACUAA